GGAUUGGAAUGUGACUGCAAGGAGGUGACACGUAGGGUCCUGAAGAGGAAUGGAUCCAGGUACAAAGACUUCGAACGAACGUACACCCUCAAGAGUGACAGAGGGAAAGAAGGCAAAGCAAAGAAGGAGGGUGGGCACAAUAUUGGUUUGUACCUGUAUCAGCCCUGCAGUAAGCUUUUUGAGUUGGAGAGAGGGUGCGUGUAGAGAGAAGGGAUAUCAAAAGUUCGCCCCUGCAGGGACUUAUGUAGAGACUCCUGAGGCCAUACCUUCCCCGCUGACAGGCCAGCUCUCAUCAUCAACAUCUCAGGCAAAAACAUCAGCUCGCAAUUGACUGGACGAG